CACUUCCGCUUCCGCUGGGGCCGUCCCUAGCGGUAGAGAUGGCGGCGACUGCAACGGAGGCCGCGUCUUCGGCCUCUGGAGAACCCCGGGAAGAGGCUGAAGGCCCUGGCCCCGCCUGGGAUGAGUCCCAACUGCGGAGUUAUACCUUCCCGACCCGGGCCAUCCCGCGUCUGAGUCAAAGCGACCCCCGGGCGGAGGAGCUCAUCGAGAAUGAGGAGCCUGUGGUGCUGACGGACACAAAUCUUGUGUAUCCUGCACUAAAAUGGGACCUUGAAUACCUGCAAGAAAAUAUUGGCAACGGUGACUUCUCCGUGUACAGUGCCAGCACCCACAAGUUCUUGUACUAUGAUGAGAAGAAGAUGGCUAAUUUCCAGAACUUUAAGCCAAGGUCCAACAGGGAAGAAAUGAAAUUUCAUGAGUUUGUUGAGAAACUGCAGGAUAUACAGCAGCGAGGAGGUGAAGAGAGGUUGUAUCUACAGCAAACACUCAAUGAUACUGUGGGCAGGAAGAUUGUCAUGGACUUCUUGGGUUUUAACUGGAACUGGAUUAAUAAGCAACAGGGAAAGCGUGGCUGGGGGCAGCUGACCUCUAACCUGCUGCUUAUCGGCAUGGAAGGAAAUGUGACACCUGCUCACUAUGAUGAACAACAGAACUUCUUUGCGCAGAUAAAAGGCUACAAGCGAUGCAUUUUGUUCCCUCCGGAUCAGUUUGAGUGCCUCUACCCAUAUCCUGUUCAUCAUCCCUGUGACAGACAGAGCCAGGUGGACUUUGACAAUCCUGACUACGAGAGGUUUCCCAAUUUCCAGAACGUGGUUGGUUACGAAACAGUGGUUGGCCCCGGUGAUGUUCUUUACAUCCCAAUGUACUGGUGGCAUCACAUAGAGUCAUUACUAAAUGGGGGGAUAACCAUCACUGUGAACUUCUGGUAUAAGGGGGCCCCGACUCCUAAGAGAAUUGAAUAUCCUCUCAAAGCCCAUCAGAAAGUGGCCAUAAUGAGAAACAUUGAGAAGAUGCUUGGCGAGGCCUUGGGGAACCCACAAGAGGUGGGGCCCUUGUUGAACACAAUGAUCAAGGGCCGAUACAACUAGCCUGCCAGGAGUCAAGGCCUCCUGCCAGGUGACUGCUAGCCCGUCCACACCGCUUCAUUGAUGAGGACAGGAGACUCCAAGCGCUAGUAUUGCACGCUGCACUUAAUGGACUGGACUCUUGCCAUGGCCCUGGAGGCAGGUGUUUGGGGCAAGGCAGGGUGGUUGGCACUCCACUCCCAUUCGGAGGGACUUCUUACCCUUGCCUCUGUGCCCCAGCACCUUCCCUCUCUGCCCCCUAAAGUCCUGCAUUCAGUGUGUGGAGUCCCCAGCUUCUGGUUGUCAUCAUGUCUGUGUGUUAGUCUGUCAACCUCGGGGUGUGUGUGCGUGUGUGUGCCUGCACACGCGUGUAUGUGUUUCUUCCUCGCUCCCUCCUUGUGGGUCAGGAUGCCACUUCUGGCUCUCGGCUCUGUCUCCUGCAACCUCAGUGCCUCAGCCUGAGAGAAAGGAGAUGCUCUCGGAUGCCCCCACAUCUGGGCUACAGGGCCACAGCUAUCCUGUCCGUGAGAUCAGUCUGCCCCCUCCCAGUUUUCACAGAGUGAGGCUCUAGGCUGGUAGGAAUGCUACAGGACUCUAAUGGGAGAAAGAGGGGAGGGGGAGGCUUUCCUCUGAGAGCCUCAGUAGCUUCCUAGGAGAGUGAAUUAGGCAGGGUUCCAACUUGGACCUUCAAGCUCAAGCCAUACACAGAAAAGCACCUUGGGACAAAGAACCAAGGAUUGUGCAAAACGUCCAAAUUACAGGAGUUUUUACAUACAGCUUCCUUCUUUCAGCACCAGCUCUUGCUCUCUGUCCUGGGUGCCAGAGGAGUCCUCUAGCAGUGGCUUCUGUAGGUUCUAAGGGUGCAAGCCUCUUGUGGAUGUGUGUGUGCAUGUGUGUCUACACUGGCCUGCCUCUCUGCUGACCAAGUUUCUACUGCUUAACCUUGUCCAAUGGAACAUACAGCGGGAACUCCAAGGCAAUACUGCCUGACCUGGUCUAAAGCUUUUAAACUCAUUUUUAGCCGUUGGAUGUUGGUCAGGCCUCACUGCAACAACCUGCCUGAGACCGACUGGCUAGAGCCUCCAGAUCCUACGACCUUCCCUGCCCAGGCCAAGUCCUCUGCUACGUCUGUGGAGCUUCCUGUCUCAAGUAGACUAAGUGGGGUCAAGCUGAGGCAGCUAACUCACCACCUGUCAUCCACCUCAUGGCAAGGGCAGAAAUGUAGCCUUGCCUCUUGAAGCCAGCACCUCUGUCAGACCCCACUGUAAUGUUCCACAAACACUCUCAAAAGUCAGGGCAACUGGUGGAGCAUGGAGUGGAAUUCCUUUUCUGUUCAUAGUUACUUGUGGGAACCCCUCUCAGGGCUGCAGCUUACAGCUGGGUCACUGGGCACUGCACAACUCAAAGGGCUUGAGUGGUGGAAGUGGGGCCCUUGGAAUUGGGCAGUGUGGUAGCCCUGCGUCCUGUCACCUCCAUUCCCAUCUCCACGUCCCUUCUCUCUGGAAGGAAAAAGGAGUUGGAAGUCUGUGUUCAUUUUUUUCCUUUUUUUUUUUUUUGCCAAAGGUUUACUUCCAGUGUCUGAGCUGUGGCUCUCACCCCCAGAGCUCAGUUUAUAGUUACAGUGCACUGAUGGACUGAGAGGAUGCGCGUGUGUGUGUGCAUGAGCGCACCUGUGUGUAUUUUGGGGUGGGGUGUUUAUUUUUAGUACCCCAUGCUGGGGUUCUCUGAUGCAGUGUGGGUGUUCAAACACGGUACCUUCUGAAGUGUAGUUCUUUCAAAUAUAGCCAAUGCUGGAAAAUGUGACCGCAGUGGUCUCCAUCCCUCCAUCUCUUUUGGGAAAAAGGAACGCAGCAAAGGAAACAGGACAGAGGAAGGAUAAAUUGACCACCUUCACAUUUUGAAAUAUAGCACAUUCUUUGCAUUCUCGUCAGCAUGUCUGCAGCCUUCCUGGCUCAUUCCUCAAAGAUGUGGGUGAUGGCUUGGUCCUCUCAGCUGAUCUUCUCUGGGUGCCCACCCAUGUCUGACCAAGGUGGAGGAGGGGCCUUCACAGGUUGGGUCCUGAUUCUUGGGUAAUACAAGGAUCCCUGACUAUUAAGACACCUAAUGUCAAGUGCUUUUGUCUUUGUUCCUCGCUAUCCUGCAAGGUAGGUAUUCUUACUUUACAGCUCAAGAGUAAGUGAUCGGUGGCAAUCAGGAUUCAAACCUGGUACUAUUUGGCUGCAAACACCCUGCUGUGCUUCCCUAGCAAGCUGUGUUGACUCUCUUACCGUGCCUCCUCUGAACUACAAGCCUUGCUCAGAUCUCACCCACUGGGCAGUAUCUAGUACAGACAGGCUUAGCCCAAAAGAAUACAGCUCAGGGUAAAAGCUCUUCUGGGCUCCAGCAAACACUUCUUGGGGAAAAUGCCAGGAAGCCAUACUGUGGAGUUAAAGAGAGUUCUGAAAUGAGUUACAGGGAAACAGUUCUGGAUCCCGUUGAUUACUUGUGUGUCCUUAAAUAGGUCUGGUCACUUCUCCCAGCAUGCUUGUGGAUCUGGAGCAUUGAAGAUCUAGGUCUGGAAGUUCACUGAGAACUGUGAUUCAUGUUCUGCUGCCUGCAUUUUCCCUGAUGAAAAGAUUGAGGCCCUUCCCUUCACAUAGCUAAGCUAGGGCUGUUCAGGCACAAAUUCUGCUUGUUGCAGAGGAAGCAUCUCUGCCCUAUUGCUUAACACCUAUCCUAACUAACAGCAUGAGGGCAGACACAAGAGGGAAAGGUGGGGGUUUGGGCCUGUAUAGAGGUCAGCCAUGUUGCAUGCUCCUAGUUUUAAACCAGCAGGUACAGAGGAAACCACUCUCUUGUGAAGUCUAAUAUUUGUUGGGGGGUUGGAGUUGGGGGAUGGAGGAGGGGCUGUUCUGGGCAUCAGUUGAGCAGAUGCCCAGGAUGCCUGGGGGAGACCAGCUUCUCCUACAAAUCAGAGCUCUAAAUUACAAGGUUUUUACCAAUGCGAACAGUUGGGGGAAGUCGUCUGCUCUCAUUUGCGUAAUGGUUUCUGUCACUGGUGAUUAGACACAGGAUGAAGGAAAAGAAAUUUGACAAUUAGGAAUGAGCGAUCAUUAAUCUGAAUCUGUUAGGAGACAGAGAGGGGAAGGAUCCUUAUCAAUGGCCAACCCAAUGUGAGGAGACCCUCCCUCUGUCCCCCAGAAAUUCUUGGGCCACAUACCCUUUCAUUGUUUCCUCCACAGGCUGAGCUGUUACUUCUUAACAAAGGCUGGGUGUGCCCCUUCCCUAGGCUGAGGUAGAUACAGGAACAGACAUCUAGAGGUGUGAGCUGAGAAGGUGUGUCAAAUGCAAGCGAUAGGGCAAAGAAUAGCAAUAGAAUGGUUUUGACAUGUGUUUCUUGUUUUUGGAAAAUGUUUUUGUAAUCAACACUACAGAUACCCAACCUCUGACAAGAAUUUGUUAGAGUCCAACACCGAAGGAUGUGGAGAGAACCUGCUCUUUUAUCCUCCAGGAGCGUCUUUAGUUGGAGAGGAAAGCACACGAAAUACCCAGAGGUUAUGAAGCCAAGUGUCAUGCACCCUGUGAGGACAAGAUUAGAGGCUGUUGAGAGAGGAAGAAGAUGAGUGGAGAGCAAAGCUCAACCUCCGGGCUCCUCCCGGUCCUUGGGCUCAUCAGAGAGCAUGCUUCACCCUGGGCCUCCCCCCUCACAUAUAAUUGUGGCUGUAGUUAUGUGGAAGGCCCUGAUGUGUGAGCAGGUGAUGAGAUGAACUAACAGGCUGAGUGUUAAAGUGUGAAGAGUCCCUACUUGGAUCUUGUCUCCAUGUCACCUUGUCUCAUCCGUCUGAUUCUUCGAAGCUCAUGGACAGUAUUUCCAUCAGUUAUUUCUCAGUUUUGUGACUUACAUGUUGGUGGUUCCUUAGGUCAGAGGCUUUCUCAGGGAUUGGAGGCAGGGAUGGCGGUGGUGGUGCUUCAUUGUCUUCUCAAAGUGGGAACUUCCUGUGGAUAGGACUGUCUCUCCCCUUGCUAACUUCCCUACCUCUGGGUCUUCUACUGUUCAAAAUCCAAUGCAGAGGUCAGUAGGACUGCAGAGAGGGGUCCUCAGUGGUCAGUUUUACCCAAACAAGUUGGAUAUAGGGAUACACUUAAGAAAUGCUUGUGGACUUCCAGACGCCCUGGCCUUUCUGCCCGUGUCAUCUUCCCUUUUUCUGGUACCUCUAGUGCUUCCCUCCAGCCCCAGCCCGCUUCUCUGGUAUCCUCUCAAAUUGCCUGCUCUAAAGAGAUGUUCCAGCUUCCUUGUCCAGAGUACCCCUUCCCCCAGUUUCUCCUCUUCUCUCCCUGCCUAGUCUCUUCUCCAGCAGCCCCGUCACCAAGGUCCUUUUUGUGAACAGUCACUUUCUCAGAAGAUCCCUGGCUGAGGUGUUUGGGUUGACUUUCUCUAGGGUCCCUUCGUCUUCCUUUUCUGAUCUGCAGUUGUUCUGUGGAUCUGUUUGUUGUGUGUCUGCUCUGUUCUCUUGCCAUCCAGUCCUUUGUCAUGUCUGCACAUCCUGGUUUGGCUUUGCUCACUCUGGGAGCCCUUUCUGCUAGUCUUCAGCCAGUUCCAUUCAAUCCUCAUAGGGUUUAGGGUCCUCAGCAGAGUCCUGCUGAGCACUUUUGGUGUGAUUCUGGGGGACAAAGCCUCACACGUGGGCAGCCUUGAGUCCCAAGGGCCUGUGGUUAGUGAGACCUCCAGUGAGGAAUGAGAGGAGGGAAUCCAGAGUCACGGACAGGGGAGGACCAGUGAGUAGAGACUGAGCAGGAGACUCCCCAGGAGUAGAGCUGAGCCUGGCAAGCCUGGAGGGAAGAACUGAAGUUUGUGCUUCUGUCUACAUGCAUUGGUGUUCCUUAGGGUCCAGCAGCUGAGGUUUGGUGGGUGUUUUGCAAAUGUCCCCCAGUUGCGCUCAGGUUUCUUUGGUGAUGCUCCGAGUCACCAAAUUGGCUCACUUCUGUGUUUCAGUAUUUGCUGAAAGGGAGCAGCUCUCUGAGUAGUCAUGUGUCAGGAAUGGAGGGUCUUAGACGAGAAAGACCCUGGAAGCCAGGGUAGCAGGACACAGGGACCCAGUGGUCAGCUUAUAUAACCAGACUGUCACUUCACUCCUCCAGGUCUUUAGUACAAUAGCUGGUUAGAGGAGUUCAAAAAAAAUUGGGCCUUGCUUUCCCCAUCUAAAUCUGGUCUUCAGGUGAUGUUUUAGGAAGGGGCAUGUAUCCUUUAACUUCCAGUGAGAAACAGCGUAACAAUCUAGUGUAUGAAAGCAUGGAUUUGGGAAUCAGAUAUAUUUGGUUCAGAUCUGUAGUUCUGCUACCUACCGGCUGGGCUGGAUCUUGUUGAUUGAGUUGACCUUUGUGAGCCUCAAGUUUCCUCAACUAUAAUGAUACCUGUGUAGGGAGAGGGAGUGGGUGUUGAUAAUAUCUACCUCAGGGCUGAUGAAUUGAUGGAAACAAUGUUUGUAAAGCUUUAGCACAGUGCCUGGCAAGCACUUAAUAAAUGGCUGUGGUAGUUGU